GUAGAGUGGUUUUCAAGCGGCUCCCACAGAAAAAGCCGAGACGAGCAGACAUCAUUUCUCUCACGGCGUCCUUGGACUAGUAUCCACGACGACGACGACGAUUAAAAAUUGGAAUUAAAAAUCACUUAAAGUCAACUUGCCGUCAAAGUAGACAUGGCCGACACAGCUGUUGACACCACCGCGACUGCAGAGGUUACAGCCAAGGAGCUGAAAGAGAAGAAAGAAGUUGAAGUGGACAAGGAGGAGGACAAGACAGACAACGGGGACGCACCUGCUAAUGGCACUAAUGGUGCUGACCACAGUGACAAAGUUGAGGACGCUGCGGAGGAAGAUGAACAGAAGAAUGGAGAUGGGAAAUCGGAGCAAGAGGCGCCCCCUGCUGAUGAGACGGACGCACAGCCUGUGAAGCGUGCUGCUGAAGAAGAGGAGGAGAAAGAGGACACCAAAAAACAGAAGACGGAGGAGAAUGGAGACUCAAAAGAUACAGAGGUGGAGGCUUAAAAUGGGCCAUUUUGUAUGCAGCCCAGUCUUACUGGUCAACAUGGUGUUGUAGAGCUUGUGCUUUUUUCUAGUUUCACACUUUUUUUUUUUUUUUUUGUGCUUCAUGUUCUCACAUUGCACUGGAGUUGUGAAACAUUGUGGCCCUCUUUUUUUCUUUUUCUUUUUUUCAAGAUGUUAUUUAUUGGUCUUUAAAUGAGCUUUUUUUGUAUGUGUGUGCUAAAUGGGGCCAUGCUAUGAGAUGAGUUGAUUUCCAUUUCCUCGCUUCAGUUGGUAAGCACAACCUCUAUCAAGUCAGCUCUGACCAGCCGAUUACUCAAACAUUCAGGCAGCUGCUCAUAUUCACUUCAAGGACCAAAGACAAGUUUUAAGCAGGGGCUAAUAAUAAUAAAGAACAUUAUUAGUUAAAGCAUUAUCUUUCGUUGGUGUUUAAGCUGCUAGUUAAUCCUUAGCCGCCCUGUUGGCCUAACAGAUGGUGCUCAUAUUAUAGAGGCCCUCCACGCUGCCGCCAUUUUGAAGGGGGCAUGCUUUCUGUUGUUUGGCAACGUUAUUGAACCCCUCUUAAAGCUUAACGCUUUGGUCUCGUUUGUUUCAUAUGCAUUCCACGCUGGUUUGUACCAUUUACAGUUUUUCUUUUGAUUUGUCGUUUUCUUACGGAGUUUACAUUUAUGGCUGGGUAACCCACUUUUGUGUCCAAGACUGCCUCUCAAACAACCGGCCAUCACAUCUGGUUACUUCAGCCACUGCUUUGUAUAUUCUCAAACAAAUAAAAUGUCUUUUUACUUAA